GUAUUGGUUCUCUCAAAAACUUGGAGCUUCUGGAUGUAGCAAAAAAUCAGCUGGUAAGCAUUCCAUCAUCUAUAACUGAGUGUCUAAUGUUGUCUCAGUUUGUAGUUAAAUACAACAAAAUAGAUAGCUUACCUGAAAAUAUCGGGAACCUGAGAAACCUGAUCCGGUUAAAUGUAAUGGGCAACAAACUCGUCAGUUUGCCUAGUUCUAUCUGUAGUUGCACAAAGCUUCAAGAUGUUGUUUUGGAUGAAAACAGAUUAACAUCCAUACCGAAGGGAAUGCUCACGUCACUCACACUCCUGGAAAGUAUCGAACUUUCUCGAAACUGUUUUAUUAGCAUUCCCUCUGAUGGCCCCAACUCUUUCAAGAACAUCAAAACUGUCAAUCUAGAGAAAAAUAAAAUCAACAUGAUUCCUUAUGGAGUAUUUUCUCUAGCUAAGAAUUUGGUAAAGCUGAAUUUAAAUGACAUUGGAUUAACAAAUUUACCCUUUGAUAUGGGUGAAUGGACGACCAUCGUGGAGCUAAAUCUAGCUUAUAAUCGAUGGAACAGCAUACCGGAGGACAUACAAUGUUUAAGAGAACUUGAAAUCCUCAGCUUAAGCCACAAUCAUCUGGAAUAUCUUCCCAAGGGUAUCGGACAGCUCAAAAAACUGAGAGUGCUUGAAUGUGAUGGAAAUCAGCUGCGGAGCCUGCCUGCAGAGAUUGGAUACCUGUUAGAGCUAGAAAAACUCAACCUCCACAGCAACCAGCUGAUUUCGAUUCCUCGUCAAAUCGGCUGCCUUUACCGUCUCUCUGAGCUGAACGUCAGUGAAAAUUGUUUAAAAGUCUUGCCGGAUGAAAUCGGUCAUCUGGGUCAAUUAAAAAAGCUCCUCGUUAAUAACAAUAGUCUGUUGCAAAACCUUCCUGUUCAGUUGACCAUGUGCAGUGAGCUAAAUUAUUUAAACAUUGAAAAUUGUCCAUUGUAUGAAAUUCCUUCUGAGUAUGUUCAGGGUGGUCCUCAAAACGUACUUUAUUAUCUUACAUCUAUAAGCCCAUAUCAUAAUUAAAUCUUUCGUAUAAAAUAUGUUUUGAUGAAAUAGUAAUUAUCGAGAUUAUGGUAUUAUUAUUGUAAACUUGUUGAUACUAUA